AGGACAGUCGACCCUAGGUAAAUACGAGUUUUGAUCAGUGCGUGUGAAGAGAUGACUCGAAUCGGAGGGUGACGUGACAUGACUCGACGUGCUCGGAGGCGCGCUCUCAGCUGUCCAAUGCGAUGUCGCAGCAAGCGAGUCUGAGCAUGCUGCAACACGGCAGUCACAUCGUCUCUUCUGGGAGAGCGAGCUCUGAAAGAACAUCCUUUGGAAGCCAAACUGCGUGCAGAGUUCUUGCUGAAUGGUGGACCACGCGGUUCUUGCAGCGGAUUGUCGUACCGGUGCCCGUCUGGAUGCUCCGACCAGAUUCAAAAGUGCGCUCGCUGACUCGAGAGCUGAGCCAGCGCCGUGUACGCAGCAGCGCACGCAGCGAAACGACGGGCCCUCGACAUGCGCGCUCGAAAUGCCGUCAAGUUCCAUGGCGGUGCAGCAAGCAUGCCCUCUGCACAUACAUACGCACCACAUACAUACAUCCAUUCCCCUUCCUCCACCCCUGCUUCGUGCUGUUGCAGACCACAACGGCUAUGUAUGAAAUCUGUAUGGUUAGAAGGAUUCACGAUUGCGAUACGUGCUCCUGUGUCUCUUGCAUCUGACCACCGCACAAGGCAUGGAGCUGCGCAGCUAAAGGC